AUGAACAAUCAAAUCGACGACGAGCAAAUUACAAUGCUCAGACGGGCGUUCAGCAUGUUCGAUUCGAGCAAACAAGGCCGAAUCGAGAAGGAGAAAGUGCGGACCAUACUCAACACCAUGGUGCACAGUUACGACGAUAGUGAACUAGACCAGAUACUUGACAAUGAAGACGACGGAUCAGGAAAACUCAAUUUCGAUUCAUUCGUUCGAGUUGCGACCCAUUUCUUGGAUGAAGAUGAUGAAGCUUUGCAGAAAGAGCUUAAAGAAGCUUUCAGACUUUAUGACAAAGAAGGUAAUGGAUAUAUACCAACUUCGAGCUUGCGCGAGAUUUUAGCCGCUCUAGACGAUCAACUCACUCCAGACCAGCUUAACGAGAUGAUAGCUGAGAUCGACACAGAUGCUUCUGGUACAGUUGACUUUGAUGAGUUCAUGGAAAUGAUGACCGGUGAUUAA